AUGCAAGAAGAUGAUUUCCUUGCACAAGCUGAGAUGUCUUUAGAAGAAGCAUUAGACAGCUAUAUAAAAUUAUCACAUUCAUCGCUUAUUGAGAUUAACAACUUUAAGAAAGGUCAUAAAGAUGUCGAAGCAGAAUUAAGUGAAGAUCAUCGAAAGUUGAUGAAACAACAAAAAGUUUUGGAAGAAAAAUAA